GUGAGUUCCAUCAACAGGUAUAUUAUUUUCGUUAUAUAUAUUUACAGGCUAGGUUUUUGGUAGGAUGAACGCCGCAAAUUCGCUCAGAUUAUUUAGUGGAAUAUUCUUUUCCCUCAUCGUGUUAGCCGUAGUUUCAUCAGCACCUUACGCAGACUAUGAUAAUAAUAUCAAUGAUCUUGUCGAAAUACUUAUGCAGAAGGAAAAUAUCGACGAUCAGCUCGGCUUACACCAAGUAGAAAGACGUAGGCAACCACAGUUACGUCUUAGAUUUGGAAAACGUUCAAAUGAAUUCGAUCCUUUUGCAUCCAAAACUAAUGGUGUUGAAAGGCCUCCUUCCCUACGUCUACGAUACGGAAAGAGAGGAGAGGACAUUCUUGGAUUGAACGACAGAUCUCCAUCCUUACGACUCCGGUUUGGUAAAAGAUUCGAUGAUGCCCCAUUACCAGUAAGUUUAACAAAUAUUUCGGAAGGAGAGAAUUAAACAAGAACUUAAAACUUGCCAUGAAUAUCGGAAAUCGUUUAUUUUCUAUAAAUCGUUAUACUAUUUAAAUCUUUGUUGAAAACAGUAUAUUUUUAUGGCAUAAGGCAGACUUUGUCGUUUAUUGAUAAUAAAAAAAAAUCUUUAAUCUCAAACGUGUGUAAAAGUAGUCAAUUUAUGUAUUAUAUAGAAAAAUUAGAAUAAAAAAAUAAU